UUAUUAAUGUUUCCUCUUUAGAUCAGACUUCUCUACAACACAUCCCUGUUGUAGAGAUCUAUGAUCAUCAAGAAGCUCCAGCUUCUGAGGUUCUCCCAGCUUUAGAGAAACACCUGGAGGAGGACGUUCCUCAACCUCAGGGUGUCCCUCAAUCUCAGGACGUCCCUCAACCUCAGGACGUCCACACUCCAGUUAGUUUGACUGAAGAGGACAAAGUGGAAGCGCUGGACAAGGAUCAGCCAUCUCUACAGCACAUUAUAGAGAUCUGUGAUCUUCAUGAAGCUCCAGUCUCUGAAGUCCCCAUCACUGAGGAACAGCUAGAGCAGGACGUCCUCCAACCUCAGGACGUCGAUGCUCCAGUAAAUUCUGCUGAAGAUGACAAAGCAGAACUGGUCAAGGACCAGACUUCUCUACAGCAAAUUGUAGAGAUUCGUGAUCAUGGAGAAGCUCCAGUCUCUGAAGUCCUUCCCGCUUCUGAGGAUCAGCUGGAGCAGGGCGUCCUCCAACCUCAGGACGUCGAUGCUCCAGUUAGCUCCACUGAAGAUGAUGAAGCGGAGGAGCCGGACAACAACCACAUUUUCUGGCGAUAUGAAUUUGGCUCCAAGCUGGGUGAAGGAAGCUACAGCUAUGUACAUGCAGGGACUCGCUGCAAGGAUGGCCUUAAGGUGGUUGUGAAAAUUGCUGAAAAGACUCCAAAUAUGCCACAUAUAAGAGUUCCUGGUCAUCCCAAACACCUUCCCAUGGAGAUUGGCCUGACACUCAUGGCUAAUAAGGGCCCCCGUGUUCGACAGAUAAUUAAGCUGCUGGACUGGCAGGAUGACCCGGACCACUAUGUCAUGGUCUUUGAGCGGCCCGUGCCAAGCAUGAGCAUGUUUAGUUUUGUGAAGCUCCAACGAAGGCUCAAUGAAGAGAUGGCACGAAAUGUUAUGUCUCAGGUCAUUCAUGCCACUAAGAUUUGCUGCGAGCGUGGAGUCUUCCAUCGAGAUAUAAAACUGGAGAACCUCCUAGUGAACCCCGACACGUUGGAGGUCAAGUUGAUCGACUUCGGGUGCGGCACGCUCAUGAAGGACUCUGCCUACGUGGCCUUCAAUGGCACAGCAAUGUUCUGUCCACCGGAGUUUAAUGUCGACGGCAGGUACCAUGCAAAGCCGGCGACAGUUUGGUCAUUAGGGUUCCUGCUGUUUGUGAUGGUGUGCGGGUAUCUUCCAGAAGACAAAGACCUGCACAUGGGCAGUAAGAACGUCUGGUCCAACCCUGACCUGUCAAAAGAAUGCUGCCAGAUGAUUUGCUCUUGCCUGCAGCCUGAUCCACAGCAGAGACUUAAUCUGGAGGAGAUGCUGCUUCAUGACUGGUUUAUGGUACUAAGAGUCUAAGAUUUGCUAAAUGUUUUUUUUUCCUUCUUCUUCAUAUAAUCAUUUUAAACAUUUAAAAUUUAAAAGUCAAGUUUGCUCUAAAUGUAAUGUAUUUUGAUUAAUAACACUGAUUUAUGUUUCAGGUUCAGUAAGACAUGGAAAAACAACCAAAAACGACUCCCUGUCAGGACCACUCUGUUGUUUUCUGUCUCCAGUCAGCUUCGUGUUGAGCAGACUGACAUGAGUGGCCUUUCCAUCCCUUGAAGCAGCAUUAUUUAUAUUUAGAAUUUGUUUUAGUUAUUUGUAUUAAGUAUUAAGAAUCAUUUUUAUGAGAAAAAGUAUUAAAAUAUUAAGUAUUAAAAAUAUAUUUGUAUUAAGAUAUUGUCACGGUUGGUAAAACCGUCGUCUCUGUUGAUCACUAUGUGGGUGGAGUUUUGUGUGUCUCUCGUCUGCACUGAUCAUUUCAUGGGCGUCUCUGUUAAUUGUUCAUCAGCCUCAGCUGCCACUCAUUAUCUGCUCCCUAUUUAUUGCCCUUUUUUCGGUUUGUUUGACAGAUCGUUGUAUGAAGCUCCCUGUUACAUGCCUGGUUUCUCGACCCUGUUUCUGCAUGUUUUCACUACGUUGGAUCAUAGCUCUUCUGGAACCCCAUCCACUCACCUCUCCACCGGAUCGCUCAUCUCAGUUCCUGCAUCACGCUCUCCUGCUGUCUCAUCUCACCGCUACUUCCUGGCCACAUGUGACUUCAUCUCUCUCCAUCCUGUUCCUGCUGGUUCUCUUCUGUUCAUUUAUCUACUCAUUAAAACUACAUUCACUUGCAUUUGCUUCCUCGCCCUUCCUAUCUUUACAGAUAUUUAUGCACUUGGCUAUGUGCUACUAGAGUGUCUAAAUUGGACCUCUU